CGACGAGCGCGUGAGGCUGAGGAAGCUAUCCUUGAGAAAUGGCAGAAGCAGUUUUCCGUGCCCCAAAGCGGAAAAGAAGAGUGUAUGAGAGUAAUGAAUCUCCACUGCCCAUCCCUUUUGGUCAGGACUAUGGGCCUAAGCAAGACUUCAAAGUGUUCACAGCAGAGAUGAUAAACAACAAUGUAAUUGUGAGGAAUGCGGAAGAUAUGGAGCAGCUCUAUGGGAAAGGUUAUUUUGGAAAAGGUAUCCUGUCUAGAAGCCGUCCAAACUUCACAAUUUCAGAUCCUAAGCUCGUUGCUAAGUGGAAAGAUAUGAAGACACAAAUGCCUAUAAUCACGUCAAAGAAGUAUCGGCAUAGUGUAGAGUGGGCCGCAGAGCUCAUGCAAAGACAGGGGCAGGAGGAGAGUACAGUGCAGAGAAUCCUCCAGGAUUACACAAAGCCACUUGAGCAUCCUGGUAUAAAAAGGAAUAAAGAAGUUCAAUGGCAUGAUGAGCGGAACUCUGAAACGGUUUCCAAAAUGGAAGGUACUGCAGAUAGAGAGGAACUUUCUGUGAUGAAUGGGGACGUGGGAAAGUCAGUUGACACCGACGGUCCCACCAAGCCAUCAGACCGCCUGCAGGAGAGCCCUGGGCCUGACCUGCUCGCUCCAAACGGCUUGGAUGAACCUGUAGUGGAGGUUCCCAGGCUGCAACACCACCCCCUGCCCCAAGUUUCUUGUGGCAAAGAAGAUGUUCUCCUCCCCCUGCCUGACACUCAGGCUGGGGACAGGAGCCAGCAAGCGGGUCUCCUCUGUGCUAGAGAGAAGGGGCCUGGUGAUGAGUUCGUGCUGGUGGAGGAAGAUGUGUAUGACGUGAGCGAGAAGGAAUGUGCCCCAAGUGAAGAAUUGGCACCAAAAAAGAGAUUAGUAUGCAGAAGAAAUCCAUAUAGGAUCUUGGAGUAUUUGCAACUUAGCCUAGAAGAGGCCUUUUUCCUGGUCUAUGCUCUGGGAUGUCUGAGUAUUUACUAUGAGAAGGAGCCUUUAACAAUCAUGAAGCUCUGGAAAGCUUUCACUGUAGUUCAGCCCACAUUUAGGACUACGUACAUGGCAUACCAUUACUUCCGGAGCAAGGGCUGGGUGCCCAAAGUGGGACUUAAGUAUGGGACAGAUUUACUGUUGUAUCGAAAAGGCCCUCCAUUUUACCAUGCAAGUUACUCCGUCAUUAUUGAGUUAGUCGAUGACCAUUUUGAGGGCUCUCUUCGCAGACCUUUCAGUUGGAGGUCACUGGCUGCCUUGAGCAGAGUUUCGGUUAAUGUCUCCAAGGAACUGAUGCUAUGCUAUUUGAUUAAACCCUCUACCAUGACUGACAAAGAGAUGGAGUCCCCAGAAUGUAUGAAACGAAUUAAAGUUCAGGAGGUGAUUCUAAGCCGUUGGGUUUCUUCACGAGAGAGGAGUGACCAAGAUGAACUUUAACAAUUCAACCUCAGAAUUCUGAUUUACCAACAAAUACUAUUGAGUCUCCUACAGUAAGCCAAGUUCAGUGGAGGUAAAGAGUCCUCUUAUUAUAACCGCCCAAUAAUUGAAAGGUUUUAAAGGGCGUAGCAGUCCCAGCACCAAAAACUGUUAGUAUUUUACAAAAUAAAAUUACACAGGGGAGAAAAAAGAGCUCUGUGCUGGCCUUCAGAUUCUGUCCUUGGGUCAUUCACUGACUCCCAACUGAUGCUGAGCUUCUCUUCUGUGGGCCUGUGUCCUCAUCCAUUCAGUAAACAGGUUGGACUAGAUGAGUCCCAAGAGGACUCUUCCAGCAACAGGGAAAUUCUGUUACUCUCUGAUUUUACCUGAAAAUGACAGUAGUUUACAUUUAUGUGGCACAGUACUGUUUCCCAAAGGCUUGUGUACACAUGCGUCUCUUGUUACUCACCUCCAGUCUGUUCCUGAAAGAGUGCUGGAGAGGAGAUUUGGGGAUUUUAAGACCCUGUAUUCCAUUAUGUUAAAUGGAACAAAUAAUGUGUCUCACCUUAUCUAAGAACUUGAACCAAUUACUCGAACGCUUAAAAAUCCGUUUAGUAUCUGUCAAGGAUUUCCGAGUCAUAAAGCCUUUAAAACCUAAUCUCUAACUCUCAGUGAACUCACUGAUGGACAUGUUUGUGUAUAGUACGCAGCAAUAUUGUACAGUAUUAGAUAAAAAUUGCAUCGUGCUUCAGUGAACUUGUUAUAAAAUUUAAAAAUGUAGUGAAAUAAUGUAUGGAGAUACAUAAUGAAUGCAAUUAGCGUUUGGCAAAACACAAUAAACCAAGCCUUUUUCAAAUUGGUUAGACAGUCUUCUCCUUAGCACUCAACAGCCCAGAAGUGGACAGUAAGAGCCAGAAGCUGCGAGAUGACCAAGACGGGCAUCUGUGUGCAUUCCUCUGACGCAUGGUCCUGGAGCUCCCGGCAGCCCGAGAUUCGGCUUGUGGUUGUGUGUGUUAACGUGGUGCUUCUGUUCGCGGCAUGAUCCUGCUCUCUCGCAACAGAAUCAUUAUAUCUGCAUGGUCUACAUUUUAAAGAUUUGUCAUUCAAAUGAGGGAGGUUGUCCUCUUUUUCCCCCGCCGCAGACCAAUAAUGACCAUCAACUUGAAAGAGCUUCUUAGUACUUUGCUCUUCAUUAGUGAUGC